GCUUUUGUGGCAGCAGCAGCCUAGUGUGCCCCUCGUCGUCUCGGAGCGCGCCGCCGAGGUGACCCCACGCACCCCUCGUCGUCUCGGAGCGCGCCGCCGGGCGACCCCACGCCGCGGGGAGCCCGCGAGCCCGGUGCGCAGCCAUGGCCUUCGACCGAGGGCGGCUCAAGAAGGAGCUGACCGAGCUCACGCGCGAUACGAAGUCGGGCGUCACGGUGGAGGUGAAGUCGUCGGACAUGAUGGAGCUCGAGGGCGUCAUCACGGGGCCCGAGGGCACGCCCUACGAGGGCGGCACGUACCAGAUCGGCAUCACGAUCCCGUCGGGCUACCCCUUCGAGCCGCCGAAGAUGAAGUUCCUCACGAAAAUCUGGCACCCGAACAUCUCGUCGCAGACGGGCGCUAUCUGCCUCGACAUCCUCAAGGACCAGUGGUCGCCGGCGCUGACGAUCAAGACGGCGCUCCUGAGCCUCCAGGCGCUGCUGUGCUCGCCCGAGCCGGACGACCCGCAGGACGCGCAGGUCGCGCAGAUGUACCUCAACGAGCCCGACACCUUUAAACAGACGGCCAAGUUCUGGACCGAGACCUACGCGCGCCCAAAGGAGGCCGGCGCCGAGGACGCGGCCGUCGCGCGCCUCGUCGAGAUGGGGUUCUCGCGCGAGCAGGUCGUCAAGGCCCUCGCGGACGCCAAGGGCGACGAGAACGAGGCCGUCACCGCACUCCUCUCGGGCGCCUAGGCGCCGCGGUGGCGGCCCACCGGCGCGCGCGGCGGCCCCGCGGUCGUCCCGCGCGUUCGUUACUCUCCAGUCUCUGU